CGGGUUCCGAGCUCACCGCGGCCUGAGGGGACGGGGUAGCAGGUGAGGCUGGGCUGCCCCCUGUGGUACUGUCAUCACACUCCUUGCCGUAACAUUGAAUCUGAGAAAUGGAGAGUGACAUUUAUCAAGUUUAUGAAGAUGAAAUUCAUUCUUUGGAAGAAGAAAUUGAACUGUUAACUCAAAAGUUUGAAAACAAACAAGAAUCUACAUUUUAUUCUGAUGAAGAGAUACAAAUAUGCAUAAAAUCACUCCAAGGAGAAUCUACGCAACAUGAAUCUCCACCGGAUCUGAAAGCUGAACUUGAUUGUUUAGAAUCUGAUCUCUCUUUUUUAAUGAAAUUCACUGGAAUUUGGUUCACAAAUUACUCCAAGGAAACAGUGGAAAAAACUGAAAACAAAACUAUACAGAAGCACAGAUUAUCAGGAAAUUGCUAUUCACUGCCUUUUCAGAUGGAAUUUCAACUUCUAGAAAUACAGAGUAAUGAAAGCAUAUCUGCUGCUGUUACCGACCUUAGCAUUAUAAUGGAAUGUGGUGAAUAUUCGGAUUUAAGCAAGUUUGUGUCCAGUGCCGAAGAACGAGGAAACCUUUUGCUAUUUUUCAGAAGCCUUUCAUCCUUUGCUGAGUGGUGUGAUCAUCGCAAAUGCACCUUCAGACAUUUCAAGGCCAAAUAUCCUGAUAUUGUAACACUUCCUGAAGGACCGUCUGGAGAUUACCUGGUUAUAAGGAGCCCUGAACUUUCUGGGUUUGAGUUAAUGAUUGUUUGGAAAAUAUAUGUGGAUGAGGAAGGGAGAGUUACACCUAUCCUGGAUCUUCUGCCUCGAAUACCAGUGCAAGCUGUGCAAGAUAAGCAAGCAGCUGUUGAAAAUGGACCCCAGUGCUUCAGAAAUAUGCUCCUUUUGCUGGGGAUUGAGGCCUCCAUUGAAAGUCUGAUCAAAUCAGUUGGCAUGAAGAAAUGAAUACCCCUUACAAAACUUAUA